AUGGCGAGGGUAUGCCACUCAAUUGGGCGUCACCAAUCUUAAGUCAUUUCAGAUGGAGGCAAUAAAAGCUUUUUCAAUGGGACAAGACUGCCUUAUAAUCCAGCCAACGUCAUCCGGUAAAAGUGUCUGUUUUCAAGUACCAGCCCUGAUGAAUAAAGACAAGUUUGUACUUGUUAUCUCUCCAACAAUCUCCUUAAUGGAAUCCCAAGUAAAAUCACUGUGCCAAAAAGGCGUGGACGCCGCUUACAUCGGCCCAGGACCGUGUGCCCGAUCCGAGAGAAUUUCAAUCGUUUGAUGAAUAAUGUUGGGAAACAGGACUUCCCCAAACUGGUUUAUUGUACACCAGAGUAUCUCAUGGGUGUAGAUGGAAAAAAUGGUGUUGCCCAUUCAAUGCUGGCUGUGAGUCGUCACAUUGCCCUAAUAGCUAUAGAUGAAUGCCACAUGAUAUUUCAAAGAAGUGGAGAAUUCAGGUAAAUGUAGUAAAUUUUUACCGUAUAAAGUUUUGAUAUUGAUUCCAAGGCUUGUUGGCAAAACCGCAGCCCGUCAUGAUACAUCUACUUUUGCCUUUGGCAGUUAUUUUCCCAGCGUUUGCCUUACAAGUAUUUGUAACUUUUGGCCUUUUCAGGAAGUGCUUCACUGAGUUGAUAGGCUUACAUGAACUGUUCCCAGAUACACCAAUAAUGGCACUUACUGCAACGCUUCUGGCAGACCAAAUAAAGGAACUUAGGGACGGACCAUUAGAAAAGUUAUGGGGGGGGGGGGGGUUAAUUUUGGAAUAUUUUUUUUAUUUUGUGUCUUUCUGGUGAGUCGUUUCGGGGGGGGGUGAGCAAAACAACAUCUCGCCCACAAAACACAUAAGAGUUCUCUGCAGGCACUGCUGUGGAACAAAAAAAAAAGGGCGGUGGGGGCCGUAUAUUAAAAAAGGGGGGGGGGGGGGGGGGGGUUAAUUUUCCAGCCGCAGGAAUUUUUUUUCGUUAUGAAAUUCCUUGUAUGAAUUUUCAUCAGGCCAUGGCAUGAUUAUUUUUUAGGAUUAAUUCGCGUGCAUGAAUGUUUUUUCAUUUAAUUUUCCCUUGCGCGAAUAUUUUUUUUGGUACUUCGGCCGCCCCCCCAUAAGUUUUCUAAUGGACCGCCCCCUAUAACACAUUACCUUAAAAACUCUGUCAUAGUAAAGUCCACAGUAAACAGGCCCAAUAUCAAGUUAUGUGUUGGUGAUUAUGACUUCAAAGUGGAAAAAUCAACGAAACGAAAAAAAAAAGAAAACGGGUUUGGCGGAGGAUGAUGACAGGAAAUCUAACCAGGACAAAUGCAGAGAACGCACAGAGAUCCAAUCCACCUCAAAAGAGCCGAAAGGAGACAAAACAUUAAACAAAAACGGUAAUUAUCGAGGCAGCUUGGCUGGACGGUUAAAACGCCAGCUUGAUUUUUUAAAGUCGUUCAGUGGGCAGUCGUGGGCUUUUUUAAAAUAGCUAACAAAUUUGUCUUUUGUCAGUUGGGAUUUUUUAUAUUGUUAUGUUCGCUUUAAUUAUUUAGGACAGGAAAAGGGAAGUUAAAACAAAAAAAAAUAUGAUCUGUUCAAAUAAGGAACUAAUUUGACUGAAAUUACAGUUCUAGGCUUGAUUUCGUGUUCAGGUGGGAACAACGUUUUAUUUCCCUAAAAGUUGUCACACCAAUUGAUUUAUUGCUUUUGCACUGAGUAUUUGCGAUAUACUUAAAGAUGCGGGUAUAAAGCGUUGACCAACUCCUAUAAAAUUGGAUUUUAGAGGCAGGCAAAUCUUUCAUUUUUUUUGGUUUAUUUUACUUAUGUUGGAUUUGUUUAGCGCCACCUUCAAAAUGGAAAAAGGUACUUGAAAAGAUUAUCGACAUGGCCGACGGUCAGUACUGUAUUGUCUUUAUGGAUUUCGUGGUGAACGUAAAGGAGGCACCCACUUGUAUGGUCGAAGAACUAAAGCAGACUUGCCUAAAGUACCAUGGCAAAGGAAUGAACGAAGAAGAGAAACUACAGACAAUGUCCAAGUUCAGGUGUGAUUUGUGAAACAACACCCCUACUCAAUUAGCAAGAAAUAACAACAACAAAAACCACUACUACUACUACUACUACUACCACCACCACCACCACCACCACCACCACCACCACCACCACUACUACUACUACUACUACUACUACUACUACUAGUACUACUACUACUGCGACUGCGACUGUAACUGCGACUGCGACUACCACUGCCACUGCCACUGCCACUGCCACUGCCACUGCCACUACCACUACCACUACUACUACUGUGCGCGACGGAUGGGUUUGCACUCUUCCCCCCACUUCCCNAACCAUUUAAAAUAAGGUCAAUUAGCCAUACUGUUAUAAUAUAAAAAGCGCUCUCAAUUGUCUUGUUUUCUAACAUGGAGAUAUCAUGGUGCGAAAAAAAUAGAAGAGGACCAUCAUUCUUAGCUGAUGGUCAGUAAUUUUCUUACAGGAAUCUCGAGAAGAGUUUCUCAUAGCGUCCGAAGCGUACCAAGUAGGGACGCACGAUGACCACGUAAAUCUGGUGUGCAGGAUUGGAUGUCCAAGAACCCUUACUGGAUGGAUACAGGAGUUCGGCCGAGCAGGACGGAAUGGGGAAAUUGCUAAUGGUAAGCUUUGACGGCUAUUUUGAAACAAUCUUGAGAUUCGAAGAAAAAAGCAAAAAGCCGCUAAGGUACAAAUAUAGGACGCAGAAAUUACAUGUAUGAGGCCACAAGCUUUUACCCUGUUCAUAAGAACGCCUAUCUUUCACUUGCUGGACUUAAAUAAAUAAAGAGCUUACCGCCAUGGAUCAUGUGAGGAUUCGAUGAGCCAUUAGCUCUAAGCCUUGGCGAAGUUAAUAUGUAAAUAUCAGUACAACAAAUAGCGGAGUUCUGGCGUGCGAAACACCAUGGGUAAGAAAAUCUACCCAUCCCAGAAAAUUUGGUAAUCACGUGACCGUACACCACCCGCCCUCAACAGUCUAUUUGUUCAACUAUUGCUUUUAUAUAUAGUUUUUUUUACGUCUGAACAGGUAUAAUCUAUUGUAACGAGUUCAGAGAUGAUCGGCGCCUCAUAACGUGGCUCAGAGGCGUGGAUUCAGUAGAAAAAGAGCAAAUCAUACGUCAAUAUGCAGAAUCGUGGAGGUAAGCUAGAUUACCUUUAAAAUAGGAGUUUCUAUUGACGAAGAAGAAUGAAUUAUUAGAUCUUUGGCACAUAUAGAUAUGGGACUUUUAUUUCAAAUAUUAAUAUUAAUUUUUUUAAACCAAACGAAAGUCUCCUUUGUGGGUCAUAAGGUGUUUCAUUGGAAAUUAAUCAGUUGCGUAUCCAAACACGUCUUUUUUUCUUAUAAAUAAAUAAGUAUUCGGGAAGGGUAGCUAUUAUAACCUUAUUUUUUGGUUUAAAUCAUUUAGAUAUGUUUACUGCACAUUGACGGGUGAAUACAUGAGGGCCUUUCUUACGGGUAGGUUUGGAGAAGAACCAGACCUGCAACUAGAAUACAAGGAAACUUGCUGUGAGUCAUGUGAUUCAAACGUAGACAAUGAUUACAACGUCAAAGAUGAUUUCCUGUUGCUGCUAGGGGUGAUUCGUGAACUCAGAGAACACAGCAGUGACACAAAGGUGAGUGAAAAGGGGUCAUCUCAGUUAAUAACCCUUAAAAAAAUAAUAUGGAAUCUUCGCCGUCAGAGUGUGUGUGUCUGCAUAAGUAAGAAACUCUUAAGCAAUUCAUGUGAAUAGGCAGGCAUUCAUAAAUUACAAAAUGGACAAGUAGUUAGCUGUCUUAAUUAAGCGCCCUUGAACCGAUAAUUUAAGGCCUUUAUGAUAUGUUGUCAGUACAAACAAAAGAUAAUCCACAAUUUCUUAUUCAAUUCUUAUUCAAUUUGUCUGAGUAACAACGGAUACUCCCUGCUUCAUGUCAUAUGCCUCCAUAAAAAAGAAAAACAAAUCAAACUAACAAACUAACAAAAACUGGCAAACCAGCAAAUAUUUCUAUACGUUGCUUACGUUUAUUAUGUUUAAAUCCACUUUUCGAUCUAUUUUAGAUAAUUAACUGGCUGAGAGGAUCGGCAACAGCUUCUAAAGACGGCGGAAUGCGGAUAUUGUCUCACGAGUCUCAAUCAUUCGGAAAAGGGAUCGGGAAGAGCAUUGCUGAAUGGAGCAGAAUCUUGCGUCAAGCCGUUGGAAAGGAAGUUUUGGAUUUAAUGUUCACAGAAAAUAGGUUUCAUGGAGUCACAAGAAUAUAUAGAAAAUACAUACUUUCGGAUAAAGGAAAUAAUUUCCUGAAAACCCCGAUAGACAUUUUCGUGAAGGGUCCCUACGACGAAGCAGCAACAGGGAAGACUGGUAGAGGCGAAAGUAGUAGAUGCCGAGGGAAACAAACUGGAGAACAAUGGAAUCAGAGGAUGACUAUAUGUAUCCUGGCUUCGGCAUCUCCCCCGAAAAAUUUGUGUUUUGUGAGGACGUAA